GUUUCCUCAAAGCGCAAGAGCGAAAUCGGUGCUUUAGAUGUGUUUGAUGUGGCGUACAAUAAGAAAACCAGAAAUCUGAUCGAUGGACUGAACAUGCAAUCGCCGAAAAAGCCACGCGUAAUAGAGUGCUCAACUCCUGACAACCGGGUUAAUUUGUCCGCAUUUAAUGACGCUGAAAACCGUGGAGAGCUACCUAUUGAUUUCGAGCAGGAAUCCUUUGCCACGACGGACGAUUUGGCUUCUGCAAUUGAGGAGUCGCAACACCCUGAUGAGUGCGAAUUGGACGGAGAGCAUUCUCAAAUUUUAAGCAAGCUGAUAAAAAGACGAAACGAGCUCUGUAACCGUUUUGCAGCUGCCUACAAAGGCUAUAAGAGUGCAACAACCCCCAAGUAUCGAGGAAUAUAUUUCAGCGAAUUAGAAACUAUUGCCACCUCAUAUAUUUACUGGAAGAUCAUCGAGGUUGAUGAAAUGAUUGACCCAUUGAACGGACUCCUAAGUGAUGGAGACCAGGAUUUUUUAACCCCUGGUGAACUGUAUGAUCUUGGCAACAUUGUUGUCCAUUUUGGAACCAGUGGGGCAAUAGAUCAUGUUAGAAAACUUACAGAAGGCCGUACUGUAUCGGAUGAAGAUACUCUGUUCAGAGAUGAAAUACCAAAUAGCAACGAUUAUCGACCGGGUAAAAAAGACCAUGAGCAUCCAGAUGUGAUCUUCAUCUUGGAUAUGGUCAAAACAAGCACUGAAAUCAUAGAUGAGGGUCCAUCUACAAUUGACAUGACAGAGCGCGAUGCUGAUAUGGCAUUCUUCUCGAGACUAUUUCGUGUCUAUAAAGGCAUAUUUGAUCGUCAUUUUGGAGAGCCUGUUUCCCGUGCAUCACGACAGUGCAGGAAGUCAUCAGUUGAUGCUAACUCAAAAACUGAAGGCCAUCACCAGGAUUGGCUUUUCACCCGAAAAGAUGCAAAGGCUGAU